AUGAGCGGCGGCGGCCGCAUCCCCAUCCCCGCCUACAUGUGCUGGCCGCCGUCCGGUGCGCUGAGCACGGAUGACACAGCGCCCGCAUUGAUGCGGCACGGGCUGGAUCCGCGGACGCUGGACGUCUACCAGCAGAUGGUGCUCGACUUCAUCUACAGCUUCCUCCCCAAGCCUUCGGCCUCUGUUGCCGCCACCCUGUCCUGCGCCGCCGCCGAGGAAGGUGAAGGAGUCGAACGCAUCAGUGGCCUCCCCGACGACAUCCUCCGCCGCGUCCUCGCCUGCCUCCCCGCUAAGGACGGCGCCCGCACCGCCGUGCUCUCUACGCGCUGGCGCGGUCUCUGGUGCUCGGCGCCGCUCGUCCUCGCCGACACCCAUUUCCUCCCCCGCGGCGGCGCAGAGGGCAGGCCCCCGAGCCCUGGCGCCGUCUCGGGCGCCGUUCGCCGCGCCGUUUCCGACGCCCUCCGCGCGCACCCUGGACCGUUCCCCUUCGUCAGCCUCUCUUGCCAGUUCAUGGAAGCCGUCGAUGCGGACCGCGCCGUGCUCGCUCUCUGGUUCCAGCUCCUCGCCACCAAGGGCGUCGAGGAGCUCGCCUUUGUCAACCGCCCCUCUCCCCUCGCUGACCUGCGCAUCCCCGACGCGCUCUUCAGCUGUGCCUCCCUCCGCCGCCUGUAUCUCGGCGCAUGGAGGUUCGUCGACACAGCCAAUCUCCCACAUGGCGUCUCCUUCCCCAGUCUCCAGGAGCUCGUCCUAGGUGCCGUCGCACUCGAGGACCGCGACCUCGACUUCCUGCUCUCCGCUAGUCCGGUGCUUGAGAUCCUAGCCUUUAUUGGAACUGUGAAGUUGCGCGCCCGUCUUGCCAGCCACAGUCUACGCUGCGCACAGUUCUGUCUAUGCUUUGUUGAAGAAGUGUCAGUAGUGGACGCCCCAUGCCUGGAGCGGCUCUUCGUCUGGAGGUGCCCAAGCUCAAGCGUGAGAGUCAAGAUUGGCCAUGCCCCUCAGUUGAGAAUGCUGGGUUACUUGGAGCCAGGAGUGCACGUACUGGAGAUUGGCAACACAGUUAUCAAGUCAAGAACAAAGCCAAGUCCAAAAACGACUGUUCCAAGCGUGCGGAUGUUGGCACUGCACCUGCAGUUCAGAAUUCACAAUGAGGUCAAGAUGCUGCCAAGUUUUCUGAGAUGUUUUCCCAAUGUUGAAACACUGUGUAUCCAGUCGGAAAAAAAUGUUGAGCCCACUGGUUGCCUGAACGUCAAGUUUUGGGAAGAAGCUGGUCCCAUCAAGUGUGUCCAGGACUAA